AGCUACCUGAUUCAACAGUUGAUGAAUCCCAAAGCAGGAAACGCUUCAUAAGUUCAAGUUCUGAUGAGGAUGAUGACUGUGAUUUAGCUAAAAGAAAAUGUGAGGAAGACCGGGUGGUUUCCGAAUCAGCUAACAGGCUUUUGGAAACACUUUCAUCAGAACCAGCAAUACCAUCCUCUGAGCAGGGGGUUACAGAAAAUUCAUCAGGGGCAGCUAAAGAAGAAGAAGUGAAGUCACCAUCUAUCGCUGCUAUUUGGAAGCUAUGCUGCGUAGCAUCAAGCCAGCUACAAGAGACCCCUGAAAUGAGUGCUAUUCAACGCCCAGGCCAUGUGAUUAUGUCAAGCAUUCUUGGAUUGGAUGUCAAGACUGAAACAGGGAAUGUAGAGCAGAAGACGGUCAUGUUGGAGACCGCCAAAGCAACCGUUUACGGGAUAUUAGAUCACUGUUUAAACGAAAUAUUAUUUGAGGCGUGUCCGGGUUGUCAGAUUUUUGCAGGGAAUCAGAUGAGUCAUGAAUGUGUGUUAUGGAACAACAAAUUCCUAAGCAAAAAAUUGAAGGAUAUUUGUGGAAAUUUAUGCUUCAUAAAUACCCUUCAUAUUUUACUUUUGAUAGGUUACUGUCAAAACUCUCUGUAUAUGACCUCUGAAAUAUUGGACUACAUUAUGAAUUUGGUAACAUAUAUUGGCCAAACUGAUAAGGCUAUUAAAGUUCUAAAUGCUGGAUUGAAGAGUUGCAACCAGGAGAUUCUGCAGCAAGUCAAAACUGUGCUAAAAAACCGUCCAUACAAACAUUAUGUCAAAUUUUGGCCUAUUAUAACUAAUUUUAAGAAAGAGUAAAACUUGCAGCUAUUGAUGACUGUUUUUAAAAAUUCAAAAAAGUGUGUUACAUUGAAAUAAAAUAUAUGGUACUUUCAAUAAUGGGAUAAAAUAAAAUGGAUUUAAAAACAA